AUGAGUCAAGGUGCAAAUAUGGACAACAAUUCUGCGUACGCAACACAAGCGGACUAUAAUACGAAGAAAGUGGACGGAAUAACCGUUAAUGUCAAUCCUAGCUCGCAGAAUGGAGCCCAUAUCGAGUCCGAUGCACCGGAAAUACGGAAGUAUAAAAAAAAGUUCAGCGGUGAAAUACUGUGUGCUGCGUUAUGGGGUGUGAACCUCCUGAUAGGAACUGACAGCGGUCUAAUGUUGCUGGAUCGUAGUGGUCAAGGCAAAGGAAAAAAAUUGGACAUGCUGCUCUACUUCAUGAAAAUGCCCAACCUUACGUUGGAAAACUUACUCGCUAGAAAAUUGCCGAGUUUGGUUAAGAAGUUCUACCGCACUUUGCUUAUUCUACUGACUUGGACCAUCCGAAUACCACUACUUAUUGUUUCGGGCACUGAAGAUGCAUCUGCGAGAGAAAAUAUUCGAUGGUCAGAGACAGCUGGAAGCGGCCAUCGAAGAUCUGAUGAUGCAAGCCAAGAAGAUCAAGAACGACGUCAUCGGACUGACCGAGACGAGACGACGUCACCCUCCGUAUAUGAAACUGGAGAAGAACUGUUCUUAGGAACACGCGACAGUAGAGGUGUUGGUGGAGUUGGCGUCCUCGUCAACACGAGUAUGGCAAAGAACAUCGACUCUUUUGAACAACUUACGACCCGAAUCGUACGUCUGCGGAUGAGAAGAUGUGGCCCAACAUCAGCUUUGACUAUCUUCGUCGCUUACGCUCCAACAUCAAGCUACGAAGAAGAAGAAGUCGAAGCUUUCUAUAUGGACCUGGAGAAGUUCUACCGAGAAGAUCAUGCCUUCGACAAGGUCAUAAUUGGCGAUUUCAACGCCAAGGUUGGCCAAAAAAAAACGCCGGAAGAACUUCACAUCGGGACCCACGGCCUACAAUGGAAUGACCAGGGGGAGAGGCUCUCCGAGUUCAUCAUGAUGACUAAGACCAUCCAUCGGAACUCACAAUUCCAGAAGCUCUCCUCUCUACGCUGGACGUGGAAGUCACCCGGUGGAGGGUACCGUAAUAAAAUAGACCACAUCAUCGUCAAUGACAGGUGUAUAAAAGCUCCACAUGACAUCGGCAACUAUCGUCCAAUCUGCUUACUGUCCGUCAUCUACAAGCUCUUUACAAGAGUGAUCCUUAAUAGGAUUGAAAGUCUUGGAUGA